CACAUCGAGAUGAUAUAGAUGACCAAGUGUUGCCACGGUGCUGUUGUGAAUUAUUUGGGAUACGCAACCUGACCUGACCCGCGCGCAUAAGAAUUUUCGCGUGACAUCGCGUGUGUGCCAAUUGCAAAAGAGACAGAGAUUGUCUGCCAAUCUUGUGGAAGUGAAUUGCAAAUCUCUUGUCCUAGAUUGCCUUAGCAUAGUACUGAUUGUGUGGAAAAUUCCGAAAUUUUAUUACACAAAAUCCCAUCUCGGGCAUCGUCCAAGAAUAACCAGCAAACAUUGUCGGUGGACGUGUGUUUGGGUGAUUGGACUAAAAUAGACGUUGUGAGUGAAUAAAUCUACUACUGGGUGAAUCACAAAGUUCCUGGAUGGAUAGAUAUAUGGUGUGCGGUGUAUUUGAGAACAUGUCCACUCUUGAUUAAAAUCGCUGAGCGUGCUCAACACACCUCUUCAAGUGUGCUAUAUACAACCAAACGAAGAGCCUUUGAUGAAAUUUGCAGAAUUAUAGACAAUUGGAUUCCCCUCUCUUUUACGGAGGUACGAGUGUGUGAUUUACAGAGAGGACCCGGAAAAGUGUUGAAGCGUAGUUUUAUUGAGUUGUGUGUGCGGGACUUGGAAAGGGGGUUGGUGAAUCAAAUGGGAUUAAAGUGAUUGUGGUGGGUGCGAAAAAGUGUGCAGAGGUAAAAUUGUUGGGAGCCCUUAAACAGCUUAAAGUAUGUUUCGACCACACAUCAUCGUGAUCCCCUUAAUUCUGGCAACAGGAAUUCUGGCUGUACAAAUACACGAAGUGAAGGUCCCAUCAACGUAUAUUCUCGAUGAAGACAACGAUGAACCCCUCAUUCUCGAUUGCAUUUACGACAUAGAUCCCACUGAGACGGGGUUUGUCCUGAAAUGGCUUCUAAAUGAACGUCCUGUCUAUCAGUGGAUACCCAGCGUGGGGUCUUUUGCCCUGCCACUGCUCAAGAAUCGCAUUGAUGCCUCGUACGAAGUGUCCCAGGAGACAAAACAGAAGCAUCGUGCUCUUGCCAUUGUGAAGCCUUCGUGGAACAUCACGGGGAACUACACGUGCUCCGUCCAGACGUUCGAGUCGUCGGACAAAAAGUCAGCCCACCUACAAAUUGUUGUGCCUGAGAAGAAUUUUCAUUUGAAGCAUCACUGCUGUGACGAAGAUGACACCGUUGACAUCAUCUGCAGCACAUCGGGUAUUUAUCCAGAGCCAAAGCUCAUCGUUCUAUUAAAUGACGACGCCGUUGGCAAUCAAGUGGCAAAUCGCUCAAGGGCCGAUGAUGAUGGUCACUAUGAGGUUAUCGUGAAUGCCCGCGUACCACGACAGAAGAUGGAAUCACCAACAACAAUCAAAUGCAUCCUCACAAUCCCCGGAACUUCCUAUUCACGCAAAAAGGAAUCAAUCUUCUAUGACAGACUAACUUUUGUGCCAACAGCAAUGCCUCUAGAUGAAGAGACAAGUGCCACAUUGAACCACGCAGGAACUUACGGAGGUGGUUCAGCAAAUCGUGCGAGUAUCAUUGCAGGGAUUAUCCUUCCAUUGCUGACACUUUUACUGCACUUGACGUAAUAUUGAAGGGUUUACACAGAGUGAGUGACUCAGUGAUCAAAGAAAAGAGAUUUAGAGGACAUUUUAUAAAUGAUUAAAAAACUAGUUAAAUGCCUUAAUUUAUACUAACUUCGCUGCUCCUUGAGUGAGUUAUGGGAGAUAAUUGACACCAAAAAUGUGCUAGAAAAUUUCAGACCUGAGAAAGACGGUGAAAACCUCCGAAAUGUCGUUGAAUUUUAAAUCAUCACUUGUUUCGAAAUUUCUUAAUAAAUCAGUGCGAUAUAUGUUCCAUUCUUUGGUUAUAAAAAAAAAAGAUUUAUUUUUAUGUAGCUAAAAUCAAAAAAUUUCAAAGGGUUUAUGGAAAAGAUGGAAAAUUUGAAUUGUUUCAAAAACAAACAGAUUUCCCUAAAAAGAGGAAAUUUUUAAUAAAUUUCUGGAGAAGAGUUCUUGUCCUAAUUCUAUCCGAUGCAAUUCCUUAUAGAUUCUAUUUUUUUUUUGAGUGAAAUAAUUUUGUCAAUCAUUAAAAAAAAUUGAAAUUGACGAAAAAUAGAAAAACUAAAAGAUUUUUAGAGAAGAACUUAUUUUAUAUCUUCCGAAAGUCGAAUUCUUGAGAAUUAUAAAAUCUUUUUAAAAUUUCUUUAACAAAAUAUUACUCAACGUCAGCUCAAUCAUUCUAAUUUGCUAAAUAUCUGAAAGAAUCCUGAACAGGAUAUCCACAAAUGGCAAAAGAAUUUUCCGGAAUAGAUAUAUUUAAAAAAUAACGAAUUUGUUGUUUAAAAAUAUUAUUAAACACAUUCUUGCUUAAUAUAAAAUAAUUUGCAAAAUAACGAACUGGAAAUUUUUUCUGUAUGAAAAACUAAAGAUUUUUUUAAAUUUCGUCUUAGAAGGGUUAACUACAUGGUGUCAAUAUCUCACGGGAGAUUUGUAAUAUAUAAAACAGAAGAUUAAAAAUUAUAAUCUCAAGUUUGUAAAUCAUUAGCUCUAAUGAAGCAAAAAAGGAUUGUAAAGGAAUAAUGUGUAAAUAUGCUGGUGUUUGUAGAAGAUGGCAAUGGACGAUGGGGUACGAGGAGUUAAUUUAAUGACCAAGAAGUCACUGCAGCGUGUGCAAAAGCUGGACAUAAAGUGUAAUUAAAUAUUUCUUGUGCAAAUGUUGGGGAAACAUUCACCAAAGGCAAUUUAAUUAGGUGACUUUUUAUUUCUCCCGUUUGGGGGGGCAAAACUUGCGCAAUAUUGCAAAGAGAUAGCUGCAGAGUACACCCAGAACUUAAUGACCAAAUGGAAAUUAUUAUAUUGAAUGCAAUUUUGCAUCGCCACCCACCCCGCCGAACCUCCCCAAAUUUUUGCACGGUGCUGCAGUGCAUUGCCAAAGAAGUGAAAUGUGUGUUCUAAUUUUGAAUUUUGCAAAAACAUGUGUUUUACGCACUGUGAAAGAAACUAUAUAUAUUUGCACAUGUUGUCAAAAUAAUAAAUAAUUUUGUGAAAUUUUCAUGUACAAAGUCAUUAACGAUAUAAUUAUAAUUUUCUCUUUAUAGAUUCAAUAAAUAAAUCACAGCACAAA